GAUUUAAUGAAGCCGCUGGUUUAAACACACAAGGACAAAACCUCUUAACAGAGUCAUAGGAGUCACCGCCACAAUCAUUCUUUAAAGCAAUCUUGUCCUUGUGGUGUGUGCUAAGUAAAGCAGCCUCUUGUUUCCCACACAAUAGGCCCUCCUUCUGUCACCUGGCGCCCCCAGCAGGCGCAGGGCGGUACUGCUACAACCGGCCACAAUAGGCAGUGGGAGUGGAUGAUCCUGAGCCGAGCAGCCGCUCUGCACUCAACCAGCUCUUGUCGGAGGUGACACCGGCCUCCUCCUCCUGCCAAGCCCCUGACUUCCGACUUGAAAGCGGAGCCGGUGUCCGGAGCAGGAUGUAUCGAUCCGUUUGGAUGUAGCGCUUCUCCGGCGGAUCCCUCCGUGCGCCAGCCCCCGGGAUGGAUCAGGAAACCGGUACCGCGUCCGCGGGGAGUUUCAUCUCCCUGAACGAGCACGAGCAGAGGUAUUACUCAGGUCUCCACAGCCUGUGCCAGGCUGACACUUCAGGGAAGCUGUCGUCCAGCAAAGUGGCGGAGCUGUUCAAGGCGUCUCAGCUACCUCCCGAAUCCCUGCAUAAAGUGACCGAGCUGUGCGGAGCCAAGCGUCUGGGUUAUUUCGGUACCCCUCAGUUCUACGCGGCCCUGAAGCUGCUGGCGGCCGCCCAGUCCGGUCUGCCCGUCCGCCUGGAGAGCCUGACGGCCAAUCUACCUCUGCCCAGAUUUAUUGGGCUGAAGAAUGACCCGGAGAUGCGAUACUUCACCAUCCCUCCAGGCCUGGACGCUCAGGCCUCCCAGAGCGGGACAGUGCCCGGCCCCGGCCCCGGCUCCGCCUCCUGGACUCCUCGGGGGGAAAGGAGCAGCUUCAGACGCCAGGACUCCAACGUAGAGAGAAAGGAACCGUGGUCGCCGCCGCGUUCGCCGAACGCUUCACCGCCGCGCUCCCCGGGGCCCUACCACAGCUACGCAUACGCCACGCAGAGGAACGGAACCGACCCGCACACGACGUAUGAAAGCAAGCACCCGUCACACCCGGGGCUUCAGCUGGAGCAGCACUCCUCCCCCAGUAACUACGGCACCAAACCCACUGCGGAGCUUCCGGCUGUGGCCCGGGCUUCUUCGGCAGAGAGGCUGGAUCAGCAGAGUGUGGUGGAGUAUUCCGAUGACGACCCCUGGAGGAUCACGGAGGAACAGCUGGAGUAUUACACCAAUCAGUUCAAAAGCCUGCAGCCUGACCUGGACGCUCUCAUCCUCGGGACUGUGGCAAAAAACUUUUUCACCAAAUCAAAGCUGCCAAUACCAGAGCUUUCACACAUCUGGGAGCUGAGUGACGUGGACAGAGAUGGAGCUCUCACCUUCUCUGAGUUCUGCACAGCCUUCCACCUGAUUGUGGCACGUAAGAACGGGUACCCUCUCCCAGAGAGCCUUCCUCCGGCCCUGUGGCCCGGGCUCAUGCAGCAGGAGGAUGACGUACCGGAUACUCCUGAAAGUGUGGAGCCUCUCAUUGUCUUCGAGGAUGCUGAACCAGGGCCCAGUCAGAUGGAUAAGGGCAUUCUAGAGAGGCUUCAGCCAAGUCUGGCAGCAGCAACAGAUUUAAAAGAGGAAACACAUAAACGAGAUUCCAGUUUACAGAGAGUGACGGCAGCCCAAGAGAAGCCGUCCUUGCCGCUUCCAGAGAGGCCAGAGCCGCCUCAGGAGCUGGACCCACAGAUGAGAGCCAGGAGCAGACCCAGGUCGUACUCCAGCACCUCCUUCGAGGACGCGGUAAAGAAGGCGGAGGAGCCCCCCACCCCUCCUCCCCGACCACAGAAGACCCACUCCAGGGCCUCCUCGCUGGACCUCAACAAGCUCUUCCAGCAGGGCGCUCCAGGCGUGAGAGGCGGUUGGCUGCCUCCCCCUCCAGCCCUCCCCCCGAGACCCUCCACCUCCCAGGUUUCUCAUUUCGUCAACGCCACAGACGCGACCCCUCAGAAGAAAGUGCAGCAGCCGAACUUUGCCGAUUUCAGUCUCUUCAGAGAGGAGGAGGAGACCAAUGUUAAAGCAGAGGAGCCGGCGCCACGCUCUAGGACCGGUCCACGUCACGAGGACGCGACGGUGGCUGCAAAACAGGACGUCAUCGGCGUUUCCCACAGUCAGGCGCCGCAGAAGCCAGUUCGCAGGAAAUACCAUCCAGAGAGCCAGACCCCGAAGACCCUACCUGCACCUGCCAAACCUGCACAGAGGCUGCUGUCCGGGCAGAAGCGAGAGAUCCAGAUGGCCAUCCGUAAAAACAGGGAGACCAACGCGGUGCUGACACGCCUCAACAGUGAGCUCCAGCAGCAGCUGAAGGUGGUGCAUCAGGAGCGGGUCACCCUGGAGUCCCAGCUGGAGCUGCUGCGGCCGCUGGAUUUAUUCCCCAGCAACAUGCCGUUUGCCAAACGAGCCGUGGAACCCCAGUUACUGUGCAGGUAUCGAACCCCGAACGAGGAGCGGUGGCUCUUCGAGGACCUGCUCUCCAUCAGCAAUGUGGCUCUGUCCCGGACCCUGCGGCAGCUGUCGGACCUGGCCAGACACGCCUGCUCCCUGUUCCAGGAGCUGGAGGACGACCUCGCGUCCACCAGCCUGCGGGUCGGGGGGCUGCAGCGUCGGCUCGGCCGCCUGCAGCAGACGUGCUCCGAGCUGGACCCCAAGCAGGAGGCAGUGCCGGUGUCAAACCUGGAUGUGGAGAGUAAGCUGACGUCACAUUACCAGUCUCCCUGGCAGCAGCAGAGGAAUGUCCUCCACCCCUGCACGCGGCCAGCAUGCGUAGAAGAGCUGCACAGGCGAGCCAACCACAGCCUGUGGCCCCCGCAACGAGAUCCCCAGAGGAGACGAUCGGGCAGCGGCGAGAGAAGGGUCACCAUCUCGACCGGCACCGCACCCCCAGUGUCCGCGUACCCGUCCCCUCAGCUCCUCCACACGCAGGAGAGGGCCACGAAUGUGACCACGCAGCCAGAGGGACAGUGUAGAGAUGCAACAACGCACUUAGUACAAAUACAGGUAAAAAGGGAAGAGGCCUGUGUGUUUACCACCUCAUGGUUAUUGUUUCCUCAUCCUUUUAUGGCUUUUAUGUUUUAUGCUUCUGUUGUCUUUUGUUAUGUUUUCGCCCUUGUCAAUCAGUUUGAGUCCCACCGCUCCUCCUCCCCCACCGAAUGCUGCCACUUCUCCCCCUGGAGCCGAAAGGCUGCGCCCUCUGACCCCGACACUGACGGGGUUUCUCUAGGUCACCGCUCUAGGUUUCCCAUCCCUAACAUCCCCUCCACCCUGGACAAGCAGACUAACUGGUCUAAAGCUCUGCCGCUGCCCACUCCAGAGGAGAGAAUGAAAAGCAGCUCCCAAGUCAUCACCUCAUGUGUCAUCCCUAUUAAUGUGACUGGGCUCGGCUUUGACAGAGAUGCUAGUGUGCGCUGCUCGCUCGUUCACUCUCAGUCCGUGCUUCAGAGGAGGAGGAAGCUCAGGAGACGGAGGACCGUCGCCGGCAUUCCCAGACAGGUGCAGCUCGAUCUGGACUCUGACGACUCUCCCAGCUCCCGAGAGCGGACGGUGAUAGUUCACGCUAGUCCCGACAUCACGCCAUCCAACGAGGAGCUGGCCGGCCAUCUCAGCACCAGAGACUCAGGUUGCCAAACUGAAGACUUUCUGACCUCAGGAGCUCCGUCUCGGAGAAGGAUCAGGGCCCAGAGAGGCCAGGGGCUCUCGCUCUCCCUCUCCUACUCUGCGGGCAACAUCUCCUCGCUGCCAGACAGCGCCGACGGCAUGUUCACGGCCUCCGUGGGGGCGCGCCUUCGCUCUCGCAGCCUCCCCCGAGACAGCAGCCGGAUGAUGGACAACGGGCGCGACGACAGCGACGACGAGGAGGAGCUCUCCCCCUUUGACGCCGAGGACUUCCUGCGUGGUCCCGGGAAGGACGAAGAGGAGAGCACAGACGACCAGGCCAUGUCUGAACAUCAGCUGGGCCUGAAGUACAAGCAGCUGUCAGAGUGCCCGGAGCACAGCUGGAUGGAGAGAGCCCGGGCACAGCUGCCCAGGAAGGCUGACAUGGGCAGCUGUGAGAUCUCCUCGAGCUCGGACACGUUCAGCAGCCCUGUGCACUCUGUCUCAGCUGCAGGCGUGCUGGGAGGCCAGUUGGACCAUAAGGAGGACCACCAGUCCUCCAGUGGGAACUGGAGCGGGAGCAACUCCACCUGCCCCUCACAGACAUCGGAAACGAUCCCCCCUGCAGCUUCUCCACAGCUGACGGGCUCCUCGCACUGUGACUCUGAGCUCUCCCUGAACACUGCCACCCACACCAACGACGAGCAGACCGGCUUCACGCUGGACCACUACCAGGGCCUCAGAACCCAGCGGGCCGGCUCCUUCUCCUCCACAGCUAUGGACAUAUUGGAGGAGGCGGGGGUCAGCACCCCCACCGAGGGGGAGUGGAGUUACACCCACCCGCAUCCGUCGCGGUCGCAGGACUUAAGCCCGGAACCGAGCAGAGAGGUUGAGAGCAGCCUCGGCUGCCCCAGCUUCACCAGCAUGGCCACGUGCGAGAGCAGCUACUCUGACAAGCCGCUGUCGGAGAAGGCAGACACCGUCUCCCACUACUCUGUAGACACUGAAGGAUACUACACCUCCAUGCACUUUGACUGCGGCCUGAAAGGCAGCAAGAGCUUCACUUACAACUAUGCAGCCUCCACUUCUGACUGUGGACUGUCCGACAUGGGACACAUGACCCUCAGCAGACGCUGCCUGUCUUUGAGGAAGCCAAAGGUGAAGCCGUGUCCGCCCAAGAGGAGCUCAUCCCUCAGGAAAAUAUGCAGUGAUGGAAAUAUUCCUGACAAGAAGGAACCAAAGAUUACAUGCGGGCAGCAGCUUCCCCUGUCGACCCAGGAGAGGAGGCUGCAGCUGGCUUUGUCCGGCUCUCCACAUCACAGAGGCAACGGGGCACACGUCAGAGAACCACCAAUGGUCUGGGGAGCUGAGAGUUCAUCUGAUCUAACAGACCUGGGCGUGUUAAGCUCCACUGAUGCACACUCAUUUAAGGAUGAGGGGGUUGUACAGUCAGACUAUGCAGAUCUGUGGCUCCUCAACGAUUUAAAAUCCAGCGAUCCCUAUCGGUCCCUGUCCAACUCCAGUACGGCGACGGGCACCACUGUCAUUGAAUGCAUCAAGUCACAGGAAAGCUCUGAGUCACAGACGUCCCAGUCCGGCUCCAGGGCAACCACCCCAUCGCUUCCCUCGGUGGAGGGAGACUUCAAGCUAACGUCUCCGGAGAAGCUGGCAGCACUCGCCAGUCCAUCCAGUGGCUACUCCAGCCAGUCAGAGACCCCCACCUCAUCCUUCCCCUCCGCCUUCUUCCCCGGACCGCUGUCACCGUCCAGCGGCAAGAGGAAGCCCAAGGUCCCAGAGAGGAAGUCCUCUCUGUCGUCGCUUUCCUUCAAGGAUGGAGCCGCGGCCAAAAAGGACCUGGAGCUGCCCGUCACCCCCCCCUCCCACCUGGAUUUGAAUGGCCUCGCUAGCGUCUGCAGCAAGGCCUCAGCUUAUAGGACUCAGACCGACAUCCUUCAGCAAACCCAGCAACGGGCUGCAGCGUCAGCCAAGCCUGCAGCAGCCACUAACGCACAGGUGUUUAAUGUUCAAUCCAUGUCCAUCACGCCCACAGUGCUGCAUUCAGUGCAGCUCAGACCCAUCAGUAAGGAACAUGAAAGAAGCUAUGAGGACAAAACAGCUUCCGGCCCCAAAUGCCCCACUGUGAAUUUAACAAGCACACUUUUAAGUAGCAAAUCGUUAGAGCUGAAGCGUCCACUGCUGAACCACUCGCACCACCGGCACGUACCCUGCACCCCCGCGUUCACUUUGAACAAAGUGCUUCCAGGUGGAAAAGCAGCAUGCGAGAGUGAGGACAAGCGGGAGGCCGAGGCCCCAUCGGAGAGCCCGACAGCAUGCGGGCUGCAGCCAGAGCCUCCAGUGGACGGCGCCGACCCGGCCACCGAUGAAGAAACGUCCGUCUGCUCCGAGGACGGCAGCCUGCAGUCAGAGUCCCCACGCGAGGCGGGCACCGAGCGAGCCCAAGAGGAGCCAGCCCAGCAAGGAGGCCUGCACCGGGCCCCCAACGGACCCACCGGGCCCGAACAGGUGCCAGCCACCGAAGGUCGGUGGCUGGGAGUGGGUCCGGUCGUCGAGGAGGGCAUCAGCACGGAGGAGGACGAGACGUCAGGUGUUUCAGCCACAAGUGCCUCUGUGGACGGAAAAGAAGCAUCCACGCCAGAGACCCAGGAUCACUGCAGUAAAGACUCGACAUCCAGCGAGACGUCUCCACUGAGCGAUGACUCGAGGCCGGAGGACGACAGCGUGUUCCUGUCGCCCACCAGGACUCGCACCACUGAGGAUCUGUUUGCCAUGAUACACAGGUCUAAAAGGAAGGUGUUGGGUAGGAAGGACUCCAAUGAGCUGAGUGCGAGGAACCGCCUGAGCGCUGCGUCAGCGAACACGCCGCCUGGCAGCACCACAAGCUCCCCGGUCCCAUCAGUGACCCCCCCCUCGCCCUUGACCUCCCCGGGCCCGCAGAGAGUGUCCGGGCCCAUCUACAGGAACGCAAAGAGGUCCAGCACCUCCAACGAGGAGUUCAAGCUGCUGCUGCUGAGAAAAGGCAGCCGCUCAGACUCCAGCUACCGCAUGUCAGCCACAGAGAUCCUCAAGAGCCCCGUCGCCCCGAAAUCACCCGGGGAUCCUCAGUCGGACCUGCAGAGGCAGCCCGACGAGUCCGGCUCGCCUCUGCAGCAGCAGCAGCAGCCUUUCGGACCGGACCAGCUCUCUAGCCCGUACCCCAAAGCCAACACGGAGGGCUUCUCCCCGAAAGCCUUCUCCCUGUCUGGCUCCUCCAGGCAGGGCCGCUCCAGAAUCCCCCCUCCCGCCAACAGCAGCCGCUACAGCAUGCGCAGCAGGCUGUACUCGGCGCCCAUGCAGGCCAUCUCUGAGGGCGAGACGGAGAACUCGGACGGAAGCCCUCACGAUGACCGCUCCUCACAGGGCUCCACGUAGAAAGUGAUUUAGUUUACACAUGAGAAUAAGUGACCAGAAUGAGUCUAAUAUAUAUGAGGUGUAUUGAGGGCAUACAUCUAAAAGCUUCAUUUGAUAGAGAAAACACUACAUUAUAUAGAAAAACAUAAUAACUGUGGCUGUUUAAAAUUCUAUACAAAAUGUAUUUUUUAUAAAAGGUUUUUAUGGACUGGCCAGUAAAGCGGCACCAGACUGACGACUUUCCUUCAUCACUAUGAAUUUAUUCAUAUUUAGUGUUCCGCUAGCCGAUUUGUCCCCCAACUCAUCACCCAAAUUGACACUUUUUUCUCAGUAUCCUUCAAAAACUGUAUGUAUUCUGUGAAUACAUGUGUAAACAGAAACGUCCCCAGCCUCAGCAGAACAUCAGGACCGUCACUGUAGCAGAGAUAAGGAGGAUGGAGCCUCUCUGCGUUUAACGUGAGGGGUUUGUACAGUCGGCAGAUCCUGAAGCAAGUAGCACAUUAUAUGCAACCUCACCUAUUAUCAGCACAUUUCAAAAUUCUGAUGCAAUAAGGUUCAGCUACAUGUAGUUAGAGGCGGGACCGCGUUGGAGCUGAGUACCGACGUGACAAUCUGGACAGACGAGCAGAAAGCAGGUGUUUAACACGGGAGGUGACAAAGCGAUGGAAGUGUUGGAGGUUGUGAAGCUAUGGACAAGUCCAAAGGGCACACGUUUGAAAAGAAACUAAAUAAUGGUCAUUUCUGGUUUGCUGACUUUGAUGUGUUUAUGAAUUGUUGAAAGAGGCAAGUGGAAGGUGUUCAGGAGAAUCAAAUAUGCCUUAUUUUACUCAGUGAGAGUCAGUAAGUGACACAACAGCAAGUGUUGAGUGUGUUUGUGAGGUUUUUCCACUUUGAUGGAGGAGGUCGGGUUCAUUUUGAAGUCGGGUUAUUGUCUGUGAUCAACGUGGCAUUUGCUGCUGUUUCGUAUCAAAUGCUGCUCCCCAUCAAAAUAUGUAAGGUUCAUAUUUUCUGUGUCAGAACAAUCGAAAUCUAUUUAACUUUUAGCUGGCGCAGAGAAUCUCUGUACACUCCCUGACCUGCCUCAGUUGACCUAAGGAAAGUAGGCAAUGAUUAGUAUUUUUAAGCUUUUAUCAGACAUAUAUAUUUAUGAGAAUCUUGUUGCCAAGACAAAUAGAAAAGUGAUGUGCGUUCAAACUUAAAUAAAAGAUGGCACAGUCAUAAGCUAAGAGAGGUGAUGGCGGAGCUGGUUUUUGUCCCAAAUAGUUGCAAUAAUUUUAUAAGUAAAUGUUUUUAACUGCAGUAACUCCUCCAUGUAGCCAUAUUAGCCUAUAGAAGACGUUCUCACCACUGGUGUAAACACAGUAAACAGCAGCUUCAUUCUGGCCUUAAUGAUACCACAGCAUGUAACAGGGUACCCAGUCAGUUCUAUCUGUGAACCAUCAUUCCACCCUUUGAAUUUUUUGCACUGAGAACAUGAUGUUUGUCUAGUUUCUGUACCUGGAGAUAUUUAUAAACCUGUACGUGGAGCUGUUUCCUUGAAUAAUACUGACACUCUGAGUGAACCGGGUGCUUCAUUGAACUGCUUCUCUUCUCACGUACUUGACUGAAACACAAACCAAGAGCCGCAGCAUGAGUUACGGUACUGAGCGCAUUAGGGUUUGCCUCCACAUCCACAUACUGUACUUAGUGUUUUUUGUACAAAUGUGUCCAUUUUGUGACUCGGUCGCAAAGGCUGUCAAACUGUUUCCUAUGUAAAAUUGUUUCAGAGUUUACAUUAAUUUUGAACCUUUGUAUAUUUUUGAGCUGUGGAACACUUGGUCUUGUAUUUAUUUUUAGUAAGCAUUGUGAAAAGCCCAUAGUUAAAUCCUAUCAAGGCCAACUGCUAGCGCGCCAGGCUGCUUAGCAAAUGUGUAUAAACAGACAAAUAAAUGUGACUGCUUUCAAAGUGA